AUGUGGCUCCUGAUUGUCUUAGUCUGGCUGGUUAUAUGGGCCGGCGGCACCUACUGGUACCUGUUUGGGAAACCGAGCCCUUUCUCCCUGGAGUCAGUGAGACCUCCUGGACCUCGUGAGUUCGAUCAGAAGAAGCGGGACAAAGUCAUCAAGCAAGUACGCCAACAUGCCCCCAGUAAAAAAGAUAAACUUUACCAUGUUUACGCCAGUUCCGUACGUUUCCGUCCAGGUUUCAGUCUUGACAAGGUGCCUCGGGAUCUGGAUGUCAUUGUCAUCGGUAGCGGUAUUGGCGGGCUGACGGCCGGAGCCACGCUGGCCAAAGCAGGGAAGAGAGUCCUGGUGCUGGAACAACAUGACCAGGCGGGAGGCUGCUGCCACACCUACAUAGAGAAAGGCUUCGAGUUUGAUGUUGGGCUUCACUACAUUGGUCAGGUCCAUGAGAACAGUCUGUUGCGUAUCGCCUUUGACCAGCUCUCUGAGGGCCAGCUGGAGUUCCAGGAGCUAAAUCCGCAUUUCGACACCAUCCGUAUCGGCCUGGGCGAUGAGACGCGAGAGUACACCAUGUUCUCUGGUAAAACUGAGAUGAAAGCCCAUCUGAUGAAGCAGUUCCCUGAUGACACUGACGCCAUUGAGACAUUCUUCAAAAUCAUGAAGCUCUCAGCUAGGAAGACACACUAUCUGGCCACUUUAAAGCUGAUCCCCCAGUGGGUGUCUUUAUUCCUGCUGAAGUCAGGCAUCGCAAACCUCAUCUCCCCAGUCUUCCGCCUUUCUGGCACGCGCGUAACAGAUUUCGUGAACACCCUGACCAGCAACAAGGAUCUCCACAUCAUGUUCUCUUACCUUUUCUACGGUGUGCCUCCAAAGGACUCCAGCCUUCUGAUCAAUGCCCUCCUGAUUCAUCACUACAAACGAGGUGCCUACUACCCUAAAGGUGGUGCCAGUGAAAUUGCCUACCACAUCGUCCGCACCAUUCAGAAAUAUGGAGGAAACUGCUUGGUCAGAGCGCCCGUCUCCCAGAUCCUGGUCAAUGAGAAGGGAGCAGCUUAUGGUGUGAAAGUGAGGAAAGGUCAGGAGGAGGUGGAGGUUCACGCACCCGUGGUCGUCUCAAACUGUGGCGUCUUCACCACCUUCCAGAAACUUCUUCCACCCGAGAUUCAAGUCAAACACGAUAUUCAGGAAAGACUGAACAUGAUGAAACACGGCAGAGGAUCAUUCUUGGUCUUCUCUGGCUUCGAUGGAACUGAGGAGGAGUUGGACCUCGUGUCCACUAACUUCUGGCUCUUUAAAAACAAUGAUAUGGACAAGUCGAUGGAGGACUUCUUUGCAUUGAGCAAAGAGGAAGCACCAGAUAACAUUCCCAUGAUGUUCAUCACAAUGCCGUCUUCCAAAGACCCAGAAGCGAAAAUAAGACACCCUGGAAAAUCUUGCAUGACAAUACUGACCAUGGUGAAGUACGAAUGGUUUGAGGAAUGGCAGGACACUACUGUGCGCAAAAGGGGUGAUGAAUACUACAAUUACAAAAUGAGAUUUGCUAAGAACCUCUUUGACUGGGCCUGCACUUUGUUCCCUAAAAUCAGAGACAAGCUGGUUUUCCAGGAUGUGGCAACCCCACUGACCAACAUGCACUACCUGGGUGCCCAGCGUGGAGCCAUGUACUCCGCUGAGCACAACCUGGACCGUUUCCAGGCUGAGGCUGUGGUGAGGAACAGGUGCAACACCCCCGUCAAAAACCUCUAUCUCUCAGGCCAAGACGUGUUCAGCUGUGGGAUAGCAGGAGCUCUACACGGUGGACUCCUCUGCGCCUCUGCGGUGUUAGAUCACAUUGUCUACAUCGACUUGCUCUUCCUCAAGAAGAAGCUGAAGAGGAGGAAAGCCAGAGAACUGGCCCAGCUGGCUAGGAAGAAACUGCAAUGAGUACGCUCUGUACUUCCCCUGCAGGACAUUAGUGACACUGCGCAAGCCUGGUGCAAAAGGACCCCUUGAUUAUUAUGGGAAGCUUGGAGGAACACACCAACACUGCUUCCUAAUUUUAUAUGACUAAUAUUAUGGCUGUUGCUGGUUGCUGAACCUCUCAUUAAGGUUGCCCUUAAGAAGGUAAUUAUAUACAGAAGUUAGCAGCUAAUGGAUUGUACCAUUUUCGAUACUUAAUGCCCCACUGUAACUCAGCAGCAUUGUUACUGUUUACUUGGGUACGUUUAAAACCAUAAUAUUCUAGUAAGCUAGCAGUUAUCUUAUUAUAAUCAUCUGCACAUAAAGAUAAAUUAUGAGGAAAGAAGCCUUCAAUUUAUUUUAUUGUCUUAUUUACUGAUCUAUGUAAAAUACUAUAGCUCUGUUUUUUUUACAUUCUUAUUUAAUCUCAUUAUAGCAUCAGGUGUAGUGGGUGAUUGCUUUUACUAAUUAUUUAUAUAUGUCACUUACUGCUGAACUGACCUUGUAAAACCCCUUUGGAUUUAGUUCCCACCUAUGUUGUUCUGACCUGACUUAUAACCCCGGUGUUGUUUGGGCAACUUCUAAAAUCAAAGGUAGGUUAGGGAAACCUCAGACUUCCUGCACUAAGUGAACAUUUCCUCAGCAAACGGUGGGUAGAUUGGCUGACAAACUGUGGUCUGUAGGAGACGACCGUGGGGAUCCGAGGAGAAGAAUGCCCCUUCUGUCCAGGCAGCCGGUGGGAUGCCAGUACCUCUCUCACUCUGUCAACCUCCAUCCCUCUGCUGUACAAACCCAGGGAAAGCUCUCUCAGCGACUGCAGCUUGGUGUACUUGUUUGCUACUGUCACCAUUUUUUUUUUUUUCAAUACUUGACAAUAAAAGGGCCAAACUAAGGCAACUUCAACGAAGGGGGAGCAAAAUGGGAGGGAGAGAAGUUAAUUAUACGGACUUUGCCUGGCUGGGAGAUCAGCAGACUAUAACAUAUAAUCACCAUGGCACAAUAAAGUGCAGUGUUUCGCCAGAAAUAAACGUGACAUCGACUCUUACUUUCUUGUGCUGUGCUCUGACUGACUCACAGAGCUAUAAACAGACCCACCUAAACUCAGUUUAACCACCUUUUGAGCAAAGAAUAAAGUCAACCCACUGGCAAUGUUCUUCGGUUGGUCGCUCCACCAAUUUGGUCCAAGCUGAAAUAUUUGAAUAACUAUUGGGUGCGUUGGUAUGGAAUAUUGUAAAGAUAUUCAUGGUCCCAGAGUGUGAGCCCUGAUGUUUGUGUUUGGUUUAUCCCCUGACUUAUCCUCCAGCACCUCCCAUGAGGUUGUUUUUUAGCGAAAUGUCUCGACAACUAUUGGAUGGCUCGCCAUGAAAUUUGCUUCAGCCAUUCUUGUCCCCCCCCGUGAUGAAUUGUAACUUUGAUGAUCUUCUGACUUUUCAUUUGGCAACAUCACUUGGUCUAAAUUUGAAGUGUUAAGUGUUUACAAGUUGUAAGUACUGGCUUUGUUAAUGGUUAAUGACUCAUUAAUCAAUACCUUAAGGAUCAGUAAAAAGAUAUUUGUAAGAACAACAUUUGGGUGACAGGUUCAGGUUGUAAAAGAUACAUUUGUCUGCCUCCUACAGCAUGUGUGUUUAAAUUUAUAACCUCAUGACUAUUAUGAUUGACUUAAUCACUUUUUAAUUAAAUAUCAAAAAGUUGGUAAUGCAACUGCUAUUGGUCCCGGAUUCCAUCCAGUGCUUUUCCAGAAGGUUAAAGUGGUCAAACUGUCCGUUUCUCUGAUGAGUUAAAGAACAAUAUUAAAAAAAAAAAGGCAAAGUAAUUGUACCAGAGGUGGAUAUUAACCAGCCAGAUGGAUUUUUUUCCUCACAAUCUGGCAACCCAAAAAUCAUUCUCAUUAUAAGCAUAUUACUCAUCUGCAGACUUUUAUUGAUAUCCAUUAUCAUCUCAAUUACCAACCUCCCACCAGACUGGAGCUAGCGCUGGUGUUUGCUGAGAUUUAAUACAAAUCUGCGCACCUAUUCUUUUAGGUUCUACGGUAACAGGGAUUGGAAUACGUUACUUUUUUCAGAUUAAAGUAAUGAGUGACCACCACCAUUUUAAAAAGAACAUUAAAUUUUGCCUAUGGAAAACUUGAAUUUUUGAUUUUUUUUCCUUCUGUUUUUUGAUUUAGAGUGUUUUCAUCAAUGAUGAAACUGGCAUUUAUUGUGUUGGUUCGUUGGCAAGAAUAUGUUGUCUAGUCACCUGGACUCCUGGAUUUCAGUGUAG